AUGUUUGGUUCUCUCCCGUUGAUAGAGCCCAGAGAUUCUCAUACGUUAUGGUACUCAUCCUCGUACACGGGGCGAUCUGUAGCCAACUCCUCGCAAAACGCAACCACCAAUGGACAGCAUCCACAAUCCGGCCGUCGAAAUGCACGCUCGACAACAACGGCAACCCCUCUGUUCUCUGCAUCAUUUGACCCGCUCUCCGCAUUACUCUUAGAAGAACGCGCUCUAAAACUACGAAAACAGAACAUCGCUUCUUUUGGGUACUCAUGGAUCCGACCUGCAGGUUUCCCCAAGACUAUGAUGGGCAUUCGAGAAGAGGAGAUGGAAUGUGAAGAGGGUGUUGGCGCGGGGGUCGGUGAAGGAGAUGUGGAGGAAGAAGAGUUUAUGGAAGGAAUUGAAGGUGGUGAAGGUGUUGGUAUGGGAUUGGAUGGCCAGGGAGGCGCAGGGGAGGGUGAAGAGGGAGACGCGGGUAUGGAGAGGGAUUUGGACGGUGAUAUCCCUGACGGCGACGUUGAAGGAUUUGGGCUUGUGGAGGAAGGCGAGGAAGGAUAUGAAGAUGAAGAAGAGGAGUUUCCGGACGAUGAAGAAGAAGGGAUGAUGGAGCGGGAUCUAGAUGAUGAUGUUCCUGAGGCGCUGGACGGCGGCUCAGAUGAUGACGAUGAUGAUGAUGAAGAGGAAGGGAGCGAGGAAGAGGAAGAAGAGGAUAGAGAUAGAGAUGGAUAUGAUGAUACUAGCGAGGCACGCACACCAACUAGAAGAACACCGGGAGAUUCACAUAUGAUGAUGGAACGAGAUUUGGAUGGCAGCGUACCGGAUGCGCCGCAAGAGACUCCCUCUCGACAGCAGGAAUGGGAACAUACAGACUCCGACGAGGAUGUUUAUGAUGAUGAUGAUGAUGAAGAGGAAGAGGAUGAUACGGACGUGGAGAAUUCGAGGCUAAGUCUAGCCAGUCUACCUCGAGGGGCAAUACCCCGUCUUACGCCCUCCGCCCCCCGGCGAGAGACUGAAGCUGAACGGCUCUUCCUUGAACGAUGGGGAGGAAAUGACGAUAGUAUAGAUUUCGACUCCAGCGGCAUGUUGCCGGAGAAUCCACUAAGUAUAUCCCGGCGACGAAGUCGAAGGCAGGCGGACGAGGAGUCCGACCUGGAUGAUUUGUGA